AACUACUUCAUCUUCAACCUCUGACGGAGAGCUGUCAUUGGAUACCAGUCGGAAACCAAAAUUAAUUAAAUUUGUGGAAACGACCAUAAAUUAGUGAAAAAUAAGUUUACUGGAUUUUCUGCAAAUCGUUUCACCAAAAUGGGGAAGAUGACAAGGUGUUCAGCUACUCUUUAAUGGCGUCCACCCCUUACGUCCGCCUAUAUAAACCCCUCGUCUCCUUCUCCAUGGACAUGCGAUUCCUUACAGAAGAAGCAGCAGCAGCAACGAGCGAUGGCGAAAAAUUCAGUGUAAUCCCCCUCGAUCAAACUUGUUGUGAAAUUCAGCCCGAGCAGUUCGCGGAGGAAGGAGGAGGUGGAGGAAGAGGACAAGGCUAUGGAUCUCACCCUCCGACUGGGAACGCCGGGGGAGGAGAAAAAGCCCGAUGAGACGUCGGGCACCGCCGCUGAUCCGCCAUCAUCGUCACCAUCUCCGCCGCCGCUCAGUAUGUACAACUUUUUCAGUAAGGAGCGACUGCAUCCGCCGACGUCCACCUCUGCCAAGGGCAACUUCCAUCAACAGUUCUGGAAACCACGCGGAGGUGCAGUGGCCGUCGGCGGAGGGGUCGCCAUCGGGCCGGCGGCGAUAAUACCGGUGGUGGCGGUGCCCUUCCCGCAGGGGUUCGUCCCCGUCUACAGGAGCCCCCGCAAGCGCCCGAAUCCCGGCGGCGAGGCCGGAAAUGAGAACCGCGUCUGGGAGAAUUGUGGAACUCGCAGAACCCCUUUAUGGCGGAAAGGUCCCGUAAGGACAGAACCUUUGCAACGCAUGCGUCCGCAACCGGAGGAACUGACGGUGCGGCAUAGAGCGGCGGCGACUCUGGCAGGUGUACGGAUUUGUUCCGUUGGGGGACUUGUGCGAUUCUUUAAUAGAUUAAAAAAUAAUAAUAUUUUAUUGAUUAGUGAAAAAGUUAAAGAUAGAUUUUGAUAUUUUGACAUUUUGUAUUUUAUAUGUAAAUUAAUUAUAUGUGUAAUGAUAUAUCUUUAAUUUAU